GUACAUAAAGCAAGUUACAGCAAGUUUAUGGAAUUAAAAUAAUUGUACAUUAUUUUUGGAAACGAAUAUCAUUUUUUAAUUAAAAGUUUCGUGAAACGUCUUAUAGUGUUAAGUCUUGUAUUUUAAUUUAUUUAUUUAUCAACAAAAAAUGAGUUCUACAGUAGUUACACCAAAAACAACAUCAGAAUUACGCAAAAGAAGUUAUUGUCCAUCAGAUGAUGAAACUUGUUCGGAGCCACCAUCAAAAUAUGCAGCAAGCCUGCAAUGGUAUCAAGUUGUCCUAGAAAGUGAAAGUUCGAAGUCAUCGGAACAUGAUACAGAAAGUGUUCUUAGCAUACAGGAUAAGGAGACCGAUUAUGCACGAGAUACAUCCGACACGGAUGCAACCGACACAGAUGUUGAAUAUGAAGUGGCGAGUUUAAGUGAAGAUGAUGAACACGUGGCAUCAUUUUGGGGCGAUUUGGGACAAUCAGAUAGUUCGAGUGGUACUGAUGAUGUAUUGGGUGAUGUGGAGAUGUUAGCUGCAAUAUGUAAGGCAGCGGAAGAAGAUUCAGAUGUGGGCUUAUGGGCUGCUGACACCGACGGUGAAAGUAGUCAACAAAGCGAUGAUCUGGAUGCUAGUAGAUCGAGUCGUUUGGUGGCAUCCAGGAAAAGGCCGCCAUUGUUGUUGAAAUGUGUUCAAUGUAAAGGGGUUAAUGACAAUCCAUUCUAUCGAUAUUGUGAAAAAUGUUACCAGGCUCGAAAGAAAAUAUUUCCUCCACGUCCACGUCGACAUCGUACCCGAGAUAAGCUUCAGAAGAAGAAAUCAACGCUUACAGAAGUCAACGCUACAUCUGAAGAAAACAUCACAUCAGCAGAUAAAAUAAUUGUACCAGACGAACUAAUUGACACGAAAACCUCGUCCCAAAAUAUUACUAGCAGUCAAACCUCAAAAAGUGGAGACAUUAAUGAAGAUAUGCUGAAUGAAAAAGAAAUGUGUAUUGUGUGUACAACAAACCCGAAGAAUGGUAUCUUCGUGCAUGGUACUUUUGGACACAUGUGCUGUUGUUAUAAAUGCGCGGUGAAAGUGUGGACGAGAACUAAGCGAUGUCCAGCGUGUAACUGUAAGGUCAAGAAUGUUCUCAAAGUGUUUUUACGUUAAUUUUUUUUUAAAUUGUCUUGUCGUCUGUCUCUUUUUCUCAAUAAUACGAACUUUGUUCGUAUAUCGUUUUUACAUAGUAGGCUGCCAACUGUAAGUAUUUUUUGUAGGUUUUAACUUGCGCGUUUUCUGUGGUA